GGACCGUGAAAGUAUGGCGGAUGCCGAGGAGCCGGAGAAGAAAAGACGGCGAAUAGAGGACGUGACCGAGAAGUUAGUGACGAAUGCUAAAUAAAGGUCUCUGACUGGCAGCAGAAUGGCUGUAGAUGGUGGACACAGGGACGGUGGUUGCGACUGGGAUGGCCGGUGGAAUCAUGUGACGAAGUUUCUGGAGAGACCUGGCCCGUUCACCCAUCCUGACUUUGAGCCAAGCACUGAGUCUCUACAGUUCUUGUUGGAGACGUGCAAGAUUCUGGUCAUUGGAGCAGGAGGGCUUGGAUGUGAACUCCUCAAAAAUCUGGCCCUGUCUGGGUUUCGCCUCAUUCAUGUGGUUGACAUGGACACCAUUGAUUUGUCAAACCUCAACAGGCAGUUUCUUUUCAGGCCCAAAGAUGUUGGGCGACCAAAGGCAGAAGUGGCUGCCAACUUCAUCAAUAGUCGUAUCCCUGGAUGUAAAGUUGUCCCUCACUUUAAAAGGAUACAACACUUUGAUGAGUCUUUCUACAGGCAGUUCCACAUCAUCGUCUGCGGACUGGACUCCAUCAUUGCCAGACGCUGGAUGAACGGGAUGCUGAUAUCCCUCCUGAGCUAUGAAGACGGAGUCCUGGACCCCAGCUCCAUCAUCCCUCUCAUUGAUGGAGGAACAGAGGGCUUUAAAGGAAACGCUCGUGUCAUUCUCCCCGGCAUGACGGCAUGCAUCGACUGCACAUUGGAGCUGUACCCGCCACAGAUUAAUUUCCCCAUGUGCACCAUUGCCUCAAUGCCGAGGCUACCAGAACACUGCGUUGAAUAUGCCAGAAUCUUACAGUGGCCCAAAGAAAAACCAUUUGGAGAAACCGGCUUAGAUGGAGACAAUCCGGAGCACAUCCAGUGGGUGUUUGACAGAGCCCAAGAAAGAGCUGCGGAGUUUAACAUUACAGGAGUGACAUACCGACUCACUCAAGGAGUUGUGAAGAGGAUCAUUCCUGCCGUGGCAUCAACUAAUGCUGUUAUUGCUGCUGCCUGUGCCACUGAAGUUUUUAAAAUUGCAACAAGUGCGUAUAUUCCUUUAAACAAUUACCUGGUCUUCAAUGACGUGGAUGGACUGUACACCUACACUUUUGAAGCUGAACGAAAGGAAAAUUGUUCAGCUUGCAGCCAGGUGCCUCAGGAUCUCCAGUUCCCUUCUUCUGCCAGACUACAGGAGGUUUUAGAGUACCUUACAGAGAACGCCUCUCUACAAAUGAAAUCCCCGGCUAUCACCACAACUCUGGAAGGGAAGAAUAAGACGCUGUAUUUGCAGUCUGUUAAGUCCAUCGAGGAGCGAACAAGGCCAAACCUCUGCAAGACUUUGAAAGAGCUGGGCUUGUCGGAUGGACAGGAACUGGCUGUGGCCGACGUCACCACGCCUCAGACGGUUCUCUUCAAGCUCAAUUUCACCACCUGAACAUUCAUUACGAAGCUGAGGUCAGAAUGCAUCUGAAUGCAAACUGAUGUUGCAGGAGCACUUUUGAUAUGAUAAUGUAAAUAAGAUGAUUGGACUGGUUGUCAUAUGAAUAUAAAAUCCUUUAACCACAUUUUUUUUUUAUUGGUCACGGUUACUUCUCGAUUUAUUUCUCUGUUUUGACUUCUAUUAUAGCUAUAUCCAAUGUCAAUCAAAUGAGAGUAAUGAUGUGCACUAUGCUCUAAUAAAGUUUUAUUAUCAUGGUUGUAAAAAGAAAAAGUCUCUUUUUAAAAGAUUUUUUUGUCAUCUGUCUUCAAUUAGAAGCAACUGGGCCGCUUAAAUGUUUAUCUUUAAGAACUUAAAAUGUAUUAAAAGCAGCUGGCUUACAGCCACAGCACAUACAUUGUUUUUAAAACAUUGGUUCCUUGAAAGGAAAUGUAUUAAGAUUAGAAUAACUGAUGGAUGUUUUAUUUGUUGAAAUAAAAAAUGUUUUAUGUCACA